AUGCCGGUGCCCGGCGGUGGCACGCGCGACCUCGUCAGCGUGGAGCCUUGGGUGCUCCAACGGCUCGCGGAGCGGGCCAUUGGCGACGUCGAGCAUUACUUGCGGCCCGGGCACCUCGAGCAGCUGGCCAAGAUCAUGUCUGACCCAGAGGCAUCCGACAACGACAGGUUUACGGCAACGAACCUGCUGCAGAACGCCGUGAUCGCUGCGAGGGGUGUCUUGCCAGGCUGCCAGGACACCGGUACCGCGAUCAUCCUGGGCAAGAAGGGCCAGUUCGUCUGGACAGACGAAGAGGACGAGAAGCAUUUGUCCCAUGGAGUCUACGACGCUUACACCAAGCGGAAUCUGCGGUAUUCUCAGGUAUCGCCCGUCUCCAUGUUCGCAGAGAAGAACACGAAGUGCAACUUGCCCGCCCAGCUCGACCUGUAUGCCGUGAAGGGCAACGAGUACAAGUUCAUGUUCAUGGCGAAGGGUGGCGGCUCUGCCAACAAGACCUACCUCUAUCAGCAGACGAAGGCGCUGCUGAACCCGAAGAAGCUGGAGGAAUUCAUAGCGGAGAAGGUCGUGACCCUUGGCACCUCCGCUUGCCCGCCGUACCAUCUCGCCAUCGUCAUAGGCGGCCUGUCGGCCGAGCUGUGCCUGAAGACCGUGAAGCUCGCGUCCGCGCGCUACCUCGACGACCUGCCCACCACCGGCAACGACCACGGGCGCGCGUACCGCGACACCAAGUGGGAGGAGAAAGUCCUCGCGAUGUGCCACGGCCUCGGCAUCGGGGCGCAGUUCGGUGGCAAAUAUUUCGUCCACGACGUCAGGGUGAUCCGCAUGCCGCGUCACGGCGCCUCCUGUCCCGUGGGCAUUGGCGUCUCCUGCAGUGCGGACAGGCAGGUGUUGGCCAAGAUCACCGACCACGGCGUCUUCAUCGAGGAGCUGGAGAAGAACCCGGGACGCUUCCUGAUCGGCGAGCCCUCGGCUGGGCCCUCCACCUCCGCGGAGUCGGUGAGCAUCGACCUCAACCAGCCCAUGAAAGACAUCUGCGGCAUCCUCACGCAGUUCCCGAUCAAGACCCGGCUGUCGCUGACGGGCCCCAUCAUCGUGGCGCGCGACAUCGCGCACGCGAAGCUGGCCGAGCGCCUCGAGGCGGAGGGGGCCCUGCCCGACUACAUGGCGGCCCACGUGAUCUACUACGCGGGCCCGGCCAAGACGCCGGAGGGGUACGCGAGCGGCAGCUUCGGCCCCACCACCGCGGGCCGCAUGGACACGUACGUGCCAGUGUUCCAGGAGCGGGGCUACUCCAUGAUCACCCUGGCCAAGGGCAACAGGGCCAAGGGCGUCACGGAUUCCUGCAAGAAGAACGGCGGCUUCUAUUUGGGCAGCGUCGGCGGUGCGGCGGCCAACCUCGCGGAGAACGCGAUCAAGAAGGUGGAAGUGGUCGAGUACGAGGAGCUCGGCAUGGAGGCGGUGUGGCGCAUCGAGGUUGAGGAUUUCCCCGCCUUCAUCAUCGUGGACGACAAGGGCAAUGACUUCUUCGCCGAGUGGAAGAUGUGA